AAAAUGCUUGAGUUUGACAAAGACAAGAAAGUGUUCAUCGGGUGCAUGGCAAGCUCCUUUUUGGCUUAUCAUAUCGCCCGUCAGAUUUACUCCUACAUCAGCGCAAAAUCCCAAGAAUGGGUUCCAAUCGGAGUGGUGAAGGGUCUUCACAUCUACCCAAUCAAGUCCUGCAAGCCUAUUGAUCUUUUUGCUUUCAAAUGCACAAAAACUGGUCCACAGAUGGGGGAACUGGAGGACCGAGCGUUCCUCCUAGUCGAUGAGUCUACUGGAAAAUUCAUCACAGCUCGUCAAAAACCGAAGCUGGUCCAUGUAGCAAGCCAUGUGGAGAAUGAGACCUUGGAAAUUACAGUACCAGGCAAAGAGAAAUUAAUUGUGGAUCUGAAAAAAGCUGUUGCGAAUGGUCGCAUCAUCAGAGCAUCAUUAUUUGAUAACUUGCUUCAAGACGGAUACGACUGUGGCGAUGAAGUUGCAAAGCUGCUAUCCGACUACAUUGAAGAACCAAACUAUCGGCUCAUUUUUUACAAAGAGGGACUUUAUACAGAGAGAACUUGUGUGCCAAAGGAUGAAUGGUGGAAUACACCAGUGCCAAAAAGAAAGGAUGAUUCUGGAUUCACUGACCUCGCUCCCUUCCUGAUUGCUACUGACGCUUCAUUAAACGCACUGAAUGAAAAGUUGGAGAAUAAGGUAACAAUGAAAAACUUCCGACCCUCUAUAUACGUCGAAGGAUGCCUUCCAUGGGAUGAAGACAAAUGGGCAGAGAUUCGAAUCGGAGAUGCACACCUAGAAUGCUUUGCUCCGUGCACUCGCUGUGUUUUGACAACCGUCGACCCAGAAAAAGGAGAGAUGAGCAAGGAAAAUCAACCGCUGAAGAAACUUCGAGAGUUCCGCUUGGCACCAGAAGGAAAAAUGAGAAAGGCCCAUACGGAUAGUCCAGUGUUUGGAGUCUACGCUGGAACUGUCAAAGAAGCUUAUAUCCAUGUUGGACAGACUGUUUAUGUUAGAUAUAAGCCUUCUGUUUUUUGA